GUUUCUUUUAUUUCUUCAGUAACUUAUUUUUAUUCAAUUUAAGCUUCGUAUGUCGGGUCAUUAUGUCCCCCAAACAAUGAGUAGUGAAAAUGGCAUGUUUACAGAAGCAGAAGAAACUAAACUACAAACUUUCUUAAAUAAUCUUGAAACAGUUGAUACAGAUGUUCAAUUGGAAAAAAAGAAUGAAACAACAAGUAAAAGAAAAAGUGAAAAAAAACGGACAACGCCUUACCAAAAGAAAGGAAAAUCCCCAAAAGGGCGAGCAAGAAAGCAACCACAUGAGUUACUUUCAGAAGAACAGAAAAAAGCAAAUCAUAUUGCUUCUGAACAAAAGAGAAGAGCUAAUAUUCGAGUUGGCUUUGAUCAACUAGUAAACAUAGUACCAACACUUGACAGUUAUCAUCGGAGUGAAUCCGUUAUUUUACAGAAAUGUAAUUUUGUACAUGUACAUGAAUGUUUGUAAUGUUAAUUUUAUUUUGUUUUAUUUUUUUUUAUAGCUGUGAAAUACAUUAGGGAUUUAAUAAAAGAUAAAAAGGAGCUUAAACUAAGAGUUAAAGAAUUACAAACAAUGUUAGGUGAAUUCCCGAACGAAGAUAGUUCCGAAGAUGAAAUAGAAUUUUACUAAGGAUUCCAUAGUUAUCUGAAAUAAAAUUAUCAAUGAUACCAUACAUGUAGAUCCUUUUUUCUUGUUCUAAAAAUAGUGCAAAGGAUUUAUUUAUUUAUUCUUGAUUUGAG